AUGGCCUUCAUUGGAUCCAUUGGGUCCAUCCGGCGGUCGGCGCGGCUAAGCACCGGCAGUACCUCUGCCAGCCCUGCCCCGGAGCCGGCAAAGUCAGUCGCAAAGGCAAAGACAGGACCGACUGCCGCCUCUCGGAAGCGGAAAGCCGUCGCCACUUCUGAAGCCGUUGCCAUCUCAAAGGUCGUCGUUACUACUGUUGCUGCCCCAGUUGCUGCACAGGAGGCAGAUGUGCCUGCUCGGCCAUCCACGCCGCCUCCUCCCAAGAAGCGGCGCGGCCGCGCUUCUGCCAAAGACCAUCCUGCUGACCAAACAACUCCAUCGCGGCCAACCACCGCACUUGCGGCACCGCCGGCUACGCCCAAGACUCCGCGGCCAAGGCACGCUGCUGUCAACCGGCUGGCAAACCCGGACAUAACAAACGCCCCGCUCAUCUCUCCCGAGACAUCACGUAUCGUGUCGGCUCUGCCGCUCGACGGUCUCAGCACACCGUCGGCCAAGCAGAAGACGACGACCAAGAACAUUCUGGAAGAGGCAUGUGCCCAUUUGAUCAGCGUGGACCCGCGCAUCAAGCCGGUCAUCGAUGCCCACUACUGCAAAGUAUUCAGCCCGGAGUCUCUGGCCGAAAAGGUCGAUCCCUUUGAGAGCCUGGCCAGCGGCAUCAUCAGCCAGCAGGUCUCGGGCGCCGCCGCACGGGCCAUCAAGAACCGGUUUGUCGACCUGUUCGAAAAGGCCAAGGACCAGACGUUUCCGCACCCGUCGCAGGUCGCCGUCCAGUCGAUUGAGUCGCUGCGGUCGGCCGGCCUGUCGCAGCGCAAGGCCGAGUAUCUCAAGGGACUCGCCGAGAAAUUUGUCUCGGGCGAGCUGUCUGCGCAGCUGCUGGCCGACGCGCCGUACGACACGCUCGUGGAGCGGCUGGUGGCCGUGCGCGGCCUCGGUCUCUGGAGCGUGGAGAUGUUUGCCAUGUUUGGGCUCAAGCGCAUGGACGUCUUCAGCGUGGGAGACCUCGGCGUGCAGCGCGGCAUGGCGGCCUUUGCCGGACGGGACAUUGUCAAACUCAAAAAGGCCGGCAGCACUGCCUCGAAGAAGAAUGCAAAGUGGAAGUACAUGACGGACAAGGAGAUGGUGGCCAUGGCGGAGCCUUUCAGGCCCUACCGGAGCGUGUUUAUGUGGUACAUGUGGCAGGUUGAAUCGGUGGACGUCAGCACGAUGGGGUGA